GACGCAAAACGGGACGGAACCGGAAGCCGCGAUGACGUAACGGUCAUUCUCUGCUACCUAACACCAGACAACUGCAAACAGAGAAAAAAACUUUGUCUAACUCGACGGAAGGGUCAGUAAAAAGUUCAUUAAAGUGCUGCCGCAUGAUGGCGGUCCAGUCCUAAACUGAACCCGGGUCACAGAUGUGGAGUUAGGGAUGAACUCGAGGUGUGAAAUCCAGCGGAGGCCCGGCGGCGGCGGCGGUUUCAGCGGCAGCCCCGUCACCGGCUCCCCCGCUAUGGGAGCGCAGUCGCGCCGCAGGAAGAUGGCUCCCAGACCGGCGGAUUAUAAACUCCAGAUCAUCAUCAUCGGCUCCCGCGGUGUGGGAAAGACCAGCCUGAUGGAGAGGUUCACUGAUGACACCUUCUGUGAGGCUUGCAAAUCUACCGUGGGUGUGGAUUUUAAAAUCAAAACCGUGGAGCUUCGAGGAAAGAAGAUCAGGUUGCAGAUCUGGGACACCGCCGGUCAGGAGAGAUUCAACAGCAUCACCUCAGCCUACUACCGAGGCGCUAAGGGAAUCAUAGUGGUGUAUGAUAUCACCAAACAGGAAACCUUUGAAGACUUGCCCAAAUGGAUGAAAAUGAUCGACAAGUACGCAUCAGAGGACGCCGAGCUCCUAUUGGUCGGGAACAAGCUGGACUGUGAGGCUGACCGGGUCAUCGCACGGCAGCAGGCCGAGAGGUUUGCCUCACGGAUAUCAGGGAUGCGAUUCUGUGAGGCCAGCGCCAAGGACAACUUCAACGUGGAUGAGAUCUUUCUCAAGCUAGUGGAUGAUAUUUUGAGCAAGAUGCCUCUGGAAAUGCCCAGUAGAGAACUCUCCAACAGCGUCCUUUCCCUUCAGCCCGAGCCUGAAGUGCCCCCAGAACUGCCCCCUCCUCGCAUGCGCUGCUGUUGAGCCUCGUCUCGGUCCUCCUGCUCAGAAAAAGCCCCAGUUUCUUAUCAGCCCUUGCACUUCCAGCAACUGACCACCAGGGGGUGCAGUGCACCUGCAUUGAGGCCUUCCUACCCGCAGGGAUCUGUGGACUCCGGGGCAUGUGCAGUGGGAGGGCAGUUCCAGGAGCAAGAACAUUCAGCCACAUUUAGACUUUGUCUCUGUACGACGCCGCUGUUAGGUUUCCAACUACAUGAAAUCCAGACUGACCGACUGACUACUCCUGCUCUGAUCGCGUUGCUGCAUUUACACCUACAAAUACAGCAUAUACCCACAACAGUACCUCACAUCUCAGGCUUCCUCAGCUUCAGUAUUCAGCAUUAGCACACUCUUCUUAAGAAGUCUUCAUCUCUGUAACAUCUCAGCGAUCAAAUGCACUCUAACAACCUCAAGAGUCUACGUCCUGUAUUGAUUUAAAGCUGGGCGGAGUCAUGAGCAAUCAGAUCAGACCCAAAUCAAACAGCUCCUCUGUUCUCCUGAGUGAUUUACCCUCCAGUAAAGAGCAGCAGCUACAGAUUUUUUUUUUUUUGCAACACUAGGCUUUUCUGCUUCCUCAGCAACACCAUUUACAUGUAUGUCUACGACAUUUGGCUCUUGUCUUGUCCAGAGCGACUUACAGCAGCGGUCAAACCAAACGCAGAUAAACGUAAUUUACCGAAGGUAGAAAGGAUAGAUGAAUGGUGGUCAGAUUUACCGCCUCGGUCCAUUGUUCUUGCACUACAAUCCACAUUCGUAAGCUGAGAUUUUGACACUGCAGUCCAGAAAAAAAACUCUGCAGCAUUAAAGCAUCAUCCAGUUCACUACCAUUUCUGCUUCUUUUGACUCAACAGAAUUACACUAAUCAAGGGUUUUAUAGAGUGUCCUAAAAGAACUGGAACUUUUUUAUUUAAUGGGCUACGUGGAAGAAAGAGAUGAGUAUAGAUGACAUUAAUAGCAACAACAAGAAUACUAAAUGUAAAAAUAGUAGAAAAAGACUGUGGGGGGGAUGAACUGUAAAUGCUGCACCUCAUUCUGGAGCACCUUGUUUUGUUGUCACUGCAGAUAUUACCAUGGGAACACACACAUUUACACAAAUAGCUAUUCUACUCGCAGCACACCACGAGUCGGCGGGGUCACGUUGGUCCGCGAAGACGCUGUGCAUUAUUUCAUUUAGUGUUGCCUCCUGUAAUCCCUAAUGAACAAAAGAUGGUGAUUUACGAUGUGGAUGAAAAAUGGAGCAGUAUUUCUUCUUUUGUUAUGGUUUGAUCGCUCAUGAUGAUGCACAGAGAUUUCGAGGCGUUAAAUAAGUAUUCACACCCUGCAUUAAAAAAAAUACCCCAGAAGUGCAUGAAGACCUAACGUGGCAGCUUCGGCUCCGAUUCUGAGAAACAGGAGUCUUGUUUGAUUGUGUACCGAACGUCUAAACCUUGUGUAGCAGUGCAUGAUUUCCACACAGCUCCGAGACCACGGAAUUUCAUUUUCAUAUUUUAAUAUGAUUUCUAACAACAGCUUUGUAAACUUUUAUAACCUAAAACUCGCAGUAUUUCUCAUGUUUCCGGACAUUUUUAAAGAAUGUGUACUAACCUUUUUUUUCUUUUCUUUUUUUUUUCUUGGAAAGUGCCAGAUUUGUUGAUGAAGGGCCUUUUAUUUAUCACUAAGUGCUUUUUACUUGACUUAUGUGCAUAACUGUUUUUACUUUUUGUUUGUUUUCUGGAUUAUUGUAAGACAGUGAGUCAGAUUUACUAAGAUUCUGCUAGAAUUGUUUUCUGUCUUUAUUCCCUUUUUUUUCUUAAAGGGAAAUUGGAAAUAUUGAUUUUUCUUUUGUUGAGUAAUUUUUUUUUAACUACAUUUCUGAAGGAUUUUAAGUCAGAUGAUAUUUUUUUUUUUUUUCGACAGUAUUGCUGCAGAAACACUAGUAAUACUUGGUAAAUCUGUCCCAUGGUUUUCUCCCGUGUUAUAUAUCGAACGUGAACGUGUCAUGGCCCCUAAAAAUAGUUCAUCCCACUGUGAGGAUUUCUUUAGUGAAGUAGCAAUAACUGCUGCCUUUACAAAUGUCCAUUUUUGUAUGGAGUAACCUUGUGUUAAUUUUCAUCACCUAUAGGACUAUUUUAGAAUUUAUGAUACAAAAAGAAACUAUUCAAUAAAGAAAAAAGAAAUGGACCCUCACUUAGAUAUUGAGAUAAGGAAGAGUGCUUUGUAAUCCGAUUUUAGCUAUUUGAAAAAGUUUGGCAUGUUUAAAAAAAAACAAAAAAAAACAGAAUUUUGUGAUAUUUAUAACUCGUGGUGUUCUUGAACUAAUGACGUGCAAAUAAAAAAUAUAUAUUUAUUACCUAUAAGGGCAAUUU